AUGGCGUCCGUGCAGCUAACGGACGAGGAGCUUUUCUCUGAGUUAAAACGCCUCGGUUUCACUCCGGGUCCCUUAACAGAAAACACGCGACCCGUGUACUUAAAAAAGCUCAAAAAGCUCCGCGAGGAGCAACAACAGCGGUCCAGGGGCGGGAAAGGGAGAAACGGCAGCAGCGUCAACAACAGCAGCAGUAGCAGUAGCACGAGCGGCGGCGGUGGCGGUAAUAACGGCCACACAGCGACGGGAGCCUCGGCGUUUCGUUCUCGGCCGGCGGCCAGUGACGUGACGCGGAUGAACUCGACUCGGAGCCCAGGCACUCGGCCGCUUUUGAACGAAAAGCGAGCAGAUAGGAGUGGAAAAUUCGUCUUGGGUUUUAGCUCAGACGAGUCAGACGUGGAGGCGCCGCAGAAAAAGGGAGGCCUGAACCACAGCGUCAGCAGGAGAGACCGAGGCUCGGUGCUGCACUCCAUAAGGCCUACACAAGAGACACCCACCGCCGGCGCACGCAGAAGUACCGGUCUCGGGUUAAACAGUAGCACCAAAUCUCAUCUCGGGCUUUCAGAGAGCAGAAGAAGCACCCUGGGGUCCUCAUGGCUGACAGACCUGGGGAAAUCAAGUUUCGGGGACUCGCACCGCGAUGUGGCGGACGAUAAGGAUGACGGCGAACCGGAGGACAUGAACAACCUCGAAAAGGAGACCGAGAGGACCGGGAGGACUCUGAACGGUAGUAAGGGGUCUUAUAGCAACAAACUUUCCGGGGAUUAUUCUGAUUCAGACGAAGAGGAAGAUGAGGAGGAGGAACGGGAACGCAGACGGGAGCGCCGUCUACCUACCAGACAGUUUGUGUCGAAGUUCACGUCCACUCCGUACAAAAGCGUCUGGGAGUCGGAGGGCGUGCGGGAAAAGGUGACACACGACACCAAGUCCGGCGGUCUAGGCACAGCGAUUGAGUGUGGGGAGGACGACGGAGAAACAAGCGAGUUGACCGGGAGCUAUCUGAAAAAUUCCCGCUUCUCCGGUGUAAACGGAGAGGAGAGCAGCAGCAAGAACGGCGCGGAGGCCGCGGCAAGCAGCGGGGUCCUCAACUUUGAACUCAGACCCCGGUUUUCCACCUACAACAACCUGGCCUCCACUUACGCCUCCAACCACUCGAACCACACCGUCUCCAAUCAUAACAGCCACAAAAGGAAGGCCACGGGGCAAGAAGAUGAGCUGCUUGAGCAGUUUAAACGGGACGAGGUGUCCGCCACCGGCGGCGUCAGCGCACACUACCUGUCCAUGUUCCUCCUGACCGCCGCCUGCCUCUUCUUCGUGGUGCUCGGCUUCGUGUACCUGCGCAUGCGGGGCUCCGGGGCCACAGACGCAGUUACUGGCAGAAGCCAUCCAUUUGGUGCAGACUUCGAUAAAACAUAUACCUGCACAGAGAAAGACACCAUUCUCAGUCUUCUGCUCCAUCUGCACGAACAUCUGGCCUAUACUGCAGGUGAAUAUGACUGCAAAGAUCUCAACGAGCCAUUAAACAGAAGUGUCUCCUUCUCUGAGGCCACCAAGUAUCUGAUGAUGCAAAAUAAAAGCUAUGAGGCUUGGAUAGACGUAGCCAUGGAGUGGCUCAUUAGAGCUGGAGAUAUUUCUGGUAUAAGGUUGAUUACAGAUGACCCUAUGCAACUAGUGGAGUACGUUUCUGACAUCACUCGUCUGGAAUCCACUCACCCUCGCAUGUCCUUCUUUUGCCGUUUUCGACGAGCCUUCUUCACUGUGAUCUACAGAGUGCUCCUCCUCAUUGCUGGAUUCAGCAUUGUUUAUGGCGUACUGCGUUACAUGAAAUACCGAUGGAGGAGGGAGGAGGAGGAGACCAGGCAGAUGUUUGAGAUGGUGGAGAGAAUCAUAGAUGUCUUUAAGAGCCAUAACGAGGCAUGUCAGGAGAAUAAGGACCUGCAGCCGUAUCUGCCCAUUCUUCAUUUGCGGGACUCUCUCGUUCAGCCUCAGGACAGGAAGAAGAUGAAGAAAGUGUGGGAUAGAGCUGUGGCUUUCCUCUCUGCAAGCGAGUCUCGCAUUCGGACAGAAACGCAGAGGAUUGAGGGAGCUGAUUUGCAAGUGUGGCGGUGGUUACAGCCUUCUGUGUCAUGUGACAAUGUGUGCAAUUUGUCUUCCAAACAAUGGCAGGGAAAAGCAUUUCCAUUGGAUCGAAGGAAUUCACCACCAAACAGUUUAACGCCAUGCCUGAAAAUUCGCAACAUGUUUGACCCAGUAAUGGAGGUGGGGGAGAACUGGCAUCUGGCCAUUCAAGAAGCCAUUUUGGAGAAAUGCAGCGAUAAUGAUGGGAUCGUCCACAUUGCUGUUGAUAAGAAUUCACGAGAGGGCUGCGUUUAUGUGAAGUGCCUUUCAGCUGAGCACUCUGGGAAAGCUUUCAAGGCACUGCAUGGCUCUUGGUUUGAUGGAAAACUGGUGACUGUUAAGUACCUACGUCUUGACCGCUACCACCAGCGUUUCCCGCAGGCCUUGGGCUGUAACACACCCCUGAAACCAUCCAGUUCCACCAUGAACACCAUGGCCCGGCUACACCAGCGCUCCAACACAUACAGCUUUCUCAGCUUCUCCUGAGCCCCAACCAUGUCCUCUUAUGCUUGCUCUCCCUUUUUUUCUUCUCCUUCUCCCUAAUGAGAGUCCUUCCCUCUCCUGGGUCCUUCCCUGCAGUUGGAGCCAUGCUCAGGAGCUUUUUCCUCAUUGAAGGCAUGGUGGUCUUUUGUAAGCAGGUCUAAAAUGACUGUUUGCUUCAGCCCUGUCAGCUUAUUUGUCUAGGAGAUGGAGCUGAAGAGGAGAGCAGUGCACAGUGAACAUGUUGGGAGUUGUCAGAGCUUUGCUUAGGACAGCUAGUCACGCAUAUCCCUCCUCUCAAACUUUGGUGCAAUGGACACAGUUAUCUAUAUUAUGCUUUUUUGUUUCUUUUUUUUUCCUUUUCUUUUUUCUUUUUUUU